AUGAGGGCAGAUGAGAGGGGUUUUCAGUCUCCGCAUAUAUGCAAAGAAGUGCAACAUUUUGACGUUGAAGUUUUUAUUUCCGCUGCAGGGGGCUUGCAGGAAAAUACACUGUGCUUCUCGCCUGGCAGCUAUAGGCCUAUAAGCCUCACUAGCAAGGUGAUGGAACGCAUUCUGAAGCGAGACAUCCUAGAUCACCUUACUUCCAGCAAUCUGAUAUCUCCAGCUCAACACGGAUUUCUCCCAAACCGUUCUUGCGUAACAAACAUGCUCGUGUUUAUGGACAGCUUAACCCAAGCCAAGGACGAAGGACUCAUAUCGGAUGCCAUAUUUUUCGACUUCUCAAAAGCAUUUGAUAGGGACCCACACGUCCCGCUGCUCCACAAACACGAGUCUUACGGGAUUCAAGGGAAAAUCCAUCGCUGGAUCAAGGCGUUCCUAUCAGACAGAGACUGCGUGCUCUCUGUAAAGAAUGACCUAACUAUAAUCAAGUGCCCGCUCAUUACCUAUCAAGCAGAACUACUCGGGCUUUCGAUAAUGAGUGUCACAUGCAGCAAUUUGGCACCUACCUCUGAUGAUACACUAUCGUGUUGUUUCAAAGCAACGCGAACUAAGCGUUCUGUGGACCCGCGCAACCUCUCGAUCAACAUGGCGCAGUUCCUGGUUGACAGUGAUGAAUUACUGUGCAAGUUUUGCCAAAACACUUUCGCGAAAACAAAGGAGGUGAAAUCGUUUAACGCGUUAUCUCCGACGUUCUCUCUUGAAGAUAACACCCUCAUGGUUGAGGAAAGUCACUUCUGCCACCCAAAGCAUCCUGAUAAGGAGAAUCAAAGUUUCCACGUUCAGCUAUCUAAACCGGUAUUCAAUCCGGAAUGUGUCACACAUUCCUCUGCCGCAUACACAGGAACCGAAGUUAUUCUAAGCCCUGCUCUUCAGGAAGCAGGUUGUUUCAAAGAGCAGGCUGGAAAAUACAUACAUUGCUCCAGAUGCCUUAUGGCAGUCGGACAGAAAGUAAACGUUGGGGCGUCGGACCAGUACGCAUUGUGGACCAAUUGUUUAGACGUUUUGACGGAAGAACGUGAUAUUGACGGCGACUUCCUGCGUUUCGUUGAGAAACCCCUACAGGACGAAAUGGACUUUUAUGGUUUAUUUAUUUCUGGAUUAAUUGACAACCAAUGCUAUCGAGUUAUCAUAUCAGCAAUUACGUGGCACGGCUGCAUUGACUUUAUGCUGCUUUGGCUCAUAGACCAGGAGUUGGAUCUGUACUCCGCUAGUUUGCCUCGGCUACCACCCAGUCACGAACAGACCCACGAGGUGAGUGGUUCAGAAAGCUCGAAACUGGAAAAGUUGAAACCAGCGGAGCCGCCUACUGUUUCGCUCAAACUGGAACCGACGGCCUGUCGUCGGGUGUUCUACAGAAUUGUUUUGCCCACGGAAGGUAAUACACAAGAACAGUCUCAUACCUUACUCAAGUCUUGGCGUCAUGAUUUUGGUGUGACUCUCGUUUGCCUACCAUGGGAGACCUGCAUCGGACUAGCCACUUGUUUGCAACAAUUCACCUCGCGGAUCGCCCCACAGUUUCGAGUUGCGGACCGACAUUUGUCUGGAUUUACCCUCGCGUGGGUUGGUGUCGGCGAAUCCGUAACGAGGCAGUUAGAAAGCGUUUUCGGUUGUGUAACGGGUACUUCCAUUGAAGAAUGUGUCCAGCACCAGAAGCUGCGUUGGUUGGGACAUGUGUUACGUAUGCCGAACCAUCGUUUGCCGAAGAGAGUGCUGGUUUCCAUGCGCAAUUCGGAGUGGCGUAAACAGAGAGGUGGCCAACCCUUGACUUGGCAGAGGAGUAUGAAGGAGAUCACGAAGCGCUUGGGUGCUGUCGGUGCUACUGGCCUUCCAGGAUGGGGACCGCGUGAUCCUCACUGUGCCUGGUUGGAGACACUACAAGAUAUGGCUGCCAACCGAUCCAUCAUUGCCUCAUUCAACGCCGCAACGGCGAAACCAUACGGUGUAAACUACAUGGACGGCUAG